UCUUCCUAUAAACGGGAAAUUAGUGAUUCUGAAGAGGAAACAUUUCAAGUUUAUAAUUACCAAGACGGAUAACGUCACAGGUCAUGUUAUGUACGUGUUUGGGUUUGUCUAACUGUUGAUUUGGACGUGAGAUUCGUGCGACAAACAUUUCCCAGAGCCGCACUUCCGAGCUGAGACUGGCUAAAUGAAACAGGAAGCCAUGACUCGAUGAUGUAAGCAACCUAUAACAAAAUAAGCUGGAAAAUUUUACAGCAGUUAAAGUUUAAAUAAGUUUUAAAAAACAUUAUCCGAUUUCCAAGAAAAUUAAAUACGCCCUUUUUGCAGUAAUAUCCAACUGAGGUAUGAACUCGUUGAACCCAUUUUGAUACGGUAAUGCUCAGGUGAGACCCUAGAGGAUAUAAUCCGGUCAUAUUUUACGAUCCCCUCAAGAGACCUAGGUGAUUAUGUAAUUAAAGAUGGCUUAGAAAAAUGUGUGAUUAGUAUCGAAAACUUGCCAAGGUUAUUUUCUGCGUAGCCUUUUGCCUUGACCCACUUUAUUUAUGUUUUGAAAUACCCCUAUCUAUAGAUCCAGUAUUCCAUUUACUUUAGUCCUGUUGAGUCGUCUUUUUUCUGCUGUGCUGUUUGCAUUCUCAAUUCCUGUGGUUCAUUAUUCGUUUGUCCUUAUGGCUGCUCCUAAUGCGUCCGAUCUCUUUUGCAAAGCCAUCAGCGAAGGUUCGGUACUUCAAUUAAAAGUCUUACGUCAGAUUCACGGACGGAAGGCAAUCAUGGCAAAUUUUAUGGACACUCCCUGCAACAAACAAGGUGAUACGUGUCUUAAAGUGGCUAUUGAAAGCGAAUUUUACGACGUGCUCGAGUUCUUAGUGCACCAAUUGAAAGGGCACAUAAUGUUUGGAUUGUACAAAACAUGGAAAGCCUCUAUCAAAAACGUUAGUCCUUUUUCAUGGGAAACGUACACUUUUCAAGAAGUCACAGAGCCGUUCGUACUAUCACCUGACAUUGCCAUCAUUCGCGAUAUUUGCCAUAAAGUGCCAAUUACCAGAUUGAUAGAAUAUCUUAUUGACGUUGGAUGUGACGAGCCUCUAUGGUUAGAGUUUGUCUUGAACUCAAUAUUGGCAAGUUCGAUCCCUCGGCCGGAUAAGAUUGUUGCGCUUGAAUGUAUAGGGACUGCCUUCAUCUUCAAACAAACACAUUACUUAUUUCAACGAAGAAACGUGCUCAAUGAAAUUCGAUUUUGGCGUGGACCACGUUGUUGGAAAGAGGCCUUGAUCCUGAGAAAUGCGACGGCAGAUGGUGACCAAGCUAUACCCAAAGUUCCCUGCGAACAGUCUGAAGUGUUACGCAAUGCUUUUGGAAACAUAGCCGAAAUAACGACAGUAGAAGAACUGGAGCAAUUGGAGCAACAGUGGUCCUUACCUAGAGGACUAGAAGAGUGGCAAGUAUUACGCCAGUCUCUCGAAGCUCAGGCCCUUCUCGUUUGCCAUCGCACGUUUACUCGACAAACCGACACUGGCCUGAAUUCUUUUCACCUGGAAAAUUUGGUGUUAUUUUCCAAUAACUUUAACAAGCAAAACAGCCGUGCAUUCAACAUUUAUCUAUUCAUCCUGGAUCAGUCUUACGGGUUCACUUCAACUUCUCCUCACAAAUGCGUUGGGCAUUUCGUUAGGACAAUUUAUGGAUUAUUAAUCUUGUUCGAUAAAUUGUGGACAGACCACCCGGAAACGCGAGAAAUAGCAUCGAAAAAUCUCGUUCUAACCGUAAAGUAUACGUUAGCAGCUUUAACUAACGUGUCGUCAGCAUCGCCACACUUCCGACUAAUUGACAGAACUUGGCAGCAAGAUAUUCAAAAGAAAAUUCACGUUCUCUUAUCAAAAUGGCUAUCCAGCUUAACCAAAGAGCAAAUUGAAAAUGUUAAGGAAAGCCUUGUCCCGUUUUUCCGCAUUUAUAACUCAAAUCACGGCUUUCUCGGCCUUCUUCACAUGGUGGUUAAUUUUGAUCGACCGUCGACUUACAUGACUACUUACUCAACCACUGUUCAACUCAUUCAGCUAAUGUUGGAUGCUGGAGCGGAUCCCCGAAUUACCGACAGAAAUGGGAAAACUCCGUUUCACUGUUUGUUUGAUGGUUCGGUUUGGACUUGUGCGCGCUCGAAUUUAAAAACGGUUUUCAAGGCGAUGCUGGAUGCUGGAGGCCAUCUCGAUCAAGCGACUUCAUCAGGACGUACGGUUAUCAGUUUAAUUAAAAGCUGGAGAACCUCGACAUUGCCUUUUGCCAAUCUCGUUCGUGAUCCUUAUUUUGACUCGUUUAUUUACUCUGUUCUUCCGCUUUCGUGCUCUUGUGCGCAAGUCAUUAGACAGAAACGAAUCCCGUUUGAAAAUCAAUUGCCUCCAAGUUUGAAAUCUUUCGUCCUACUCCACAGCGAUGUCAAAAUAACAUGAAUGAAAAGGUAUUUAAUUCAACAUUUUUAUUGUUCCCACGUUAAUUAAAUAUUGUCUCUCGACCAGGAUUCAACGUUGAAAUCUGUUUUGUGACUGCAAUACUACCUGAAAAUGACACACAUGGACCUGAGUUAACAGUACCAAGUGAAAGAAAUGCGCGACAUGCCCUGCUGUUGGGAGCUAGUGAUUUUCAAGAUACUCAAAGUUUUAUAUCCAUAUGCCAACUAAUGAAACUAUUAACGACCUAAACAAUUAUUUUCCUUUUUACCAUUUGUGCAUUGCCUUCUUCAAAAAUGUUGAGAUGUAUUCAGCAUUGCCUGCAUUUUGAAUGUUGAUAAAAUUUGCAGUGUCUUGUGCUGUGCACAAGAUAAAGUAAGUACUCUCAAAAAAAUUACCGAAUAAAUACAAACAUGUGUUUAGUAAUGAUAACGUUUAACAAUUCAAUUGUAUGUCUGUUUUUAAGAAUGUGUCAAGAUCUGAAUCAUUGGUGAAUAGGAGGGGGCAUUCCUAUGGGCAUAUGCUAAACUUUACCUAAACUAAAUGGAUUUUGUACCCCAAAAAUAGGUCGUUCUUGAAACAAAGGACUCGUAUAAUGUGCUGCUUCGAUUUCAUUGUUGCGCAAAUGCUCAUUUGUAUCUUUCUUUUCAGACUUGCUCUAAAUGUAGCGGUAAGAAGUGCUGUACAAAAACAAAUCCCAUCCAAAUGUUUUGUGAAAUGUCAAAUGUGAAUCGACACUAAAGGAUAUUACGCCGAUGAAGAGAAAGGGAGAGAAAAUCCAUGAUGGCCGAUCCUUCCAAAUUCCUUCUCCUGCAAUAUAACCUUUUUGAUCUGUU